GCUUUUUUAGAAGUUUCAAACGCGGAAGUUUUUUAGGACCGACAAGACUCGCUUUGCCACAGCCUCUAUGGACUGCGGGUAGGUCGGCAGCCCUGUUUCGCGUCCCCCCUCCAGAGAGCCGUGACCAAAGUGAUCCCAAGAAACACGCCCGAAUACACCGAAUCCGUUCAGGGCAUCGCAGCGUGCGGGACUUCGGGAAACCAACCGACCGACCCCCCGAUGGCGACCGCCGACGGACCGACGUACCCGCGGGUGGGAGCCGGGCUCGGGGAAAGCCUGUCGCUCCACGACGGCACGGAGAAGCUGAACUCCUCCGCCGUCAACCGCAUCCUGAUGGAGUUCCUGGUGUACUUCGGCAGGGCCAUCUUCGUCCUCUACCCCGUGUAUCUGACCGGGUACCUGGGCCUCAGCGUCAGCUGGGUGCUGCUCUGCAUGGCGAUGGCCACCUGGUGGAAGAAAAAUCGCCAGAGGAAAGACGCCCGCAUCGGAACCGCCAUCGACUUCGUGAACAACGAGACCCGCGUGGUGAACCAGGAGCUGCAGAGUGCCCUGCAAAUGGCAACGUGGGUCCACUUUCCUGAUGUUGAGAAAGUUGACUGGGUUAACAAGGUGUUGCAGCAGGCCUGGCCUUUCUUUGGGAUGUACAUGGAGAAGCUCCUCAAGGAAAACAUCCAGCCGGCCAUCAGGCUCUCCAGCCCCGCGCUCAAGAUGUUCACUUUCACCAAGGUCCACUUCGGGCACAUACCUCUCCGGAUCACCGGGAUGAAAGCAUACACGGAUGAAGUGGAUCACAGGGAGGUGGUUCUGGACCUGAACAUAUGUUACGACGGUGACGUGGAUAUCGACGCGGAGGUGAAGCCGCCAAUCACAGCUGGCGUCAAGGGACUUCAGCUCAAGGGAAUGAUACGAGUCAUUCUGGAGCCUCUUAUUGGUCAAGCACCACUGGUGGGAGGAGUGACCUUCUUUUUCAUCCGCCGGCCUACCCUACAAAUCAACUGGACUGGCAUGACCAACCUCUUGGACAGCCCUGCCUUCAGCUCGCUGUCUGAGGAGACCAUCAUGGACAUCAUUGCCUCGCUCAUGGUGUUGCCCAACCGCAUGUGUGUGCCCCUCAUAGACCAGGUCAAAGUGGACGAGAUGCGGUUCCCACUACCUCGAGGUGUGGUGAGGGUCCACCUGCUGGAGGCCAGAGACCUGUUGGCGAAGGACACGUUCAUGAUGGGUUUAGUGAAGGGCAAAUCGGACCCCUAUGCAACACUCCGAGUGGGCAACCGGCAUUUCAAAAGCAAGAUCGUCAAAGAGAACUUGCACCCCAAGUGGAACGAAGUGUAUGAGUUCGUGGUCCAUGAAGCCCCGGGGCAAGAGUUGGAGAUGGAGGUCUACGACGAAGACACGGAUAAAGACGACCUCCUCGGAACGUUUAACCUUGAUUUGGGAGAAGUGAAGAGGGAUAUAGAAAUGGACCAGUGGUUUCCUCUGGAAGGAGUCCAGAAUGGCGAGGUCCAUCUCAGGCUACAGUGGUUUUCCCUCAAGACCGACCCCAGCCUGCUGAUGAAGUCUGCAAACGGCCUUGCCUGUGCUAUGCUUGCAGUUUAUCUGGACAAUGCCUCAAACCUACCAAAAGACCACAGCGAGAUCGCCGAGCAUCAGAAACAUGGGAAGCCUUUAAAGGAAGCUCGGCUCACUAAAAAGAAAACCGCCGGCCCAGAUUCCUUUGUGGAAUUUUCUGUUGAUAAAGAUGUUCAGAAAAGCAAGGUUGCGUUUGCAUCCAAAGACCCGGUGUGGGAGCAGGGCUUCACCUUCUUUGUGCAUAAUGUCCAAACGCAGCAGCUCUUGGUUCAGGUCAAAGUGAAUGAGAAGAAGACUGAGCUUGGUGUUCUCCGCUUGCCCCUGAGUCGCCUCCUCACCACCUCCGACAUGACCCUAGACCAGCGCUUCCAGCUGGAGCGCUCCGGAGUGAACAGCCAAAUCAAGCUAAAAGCCACUCUCCGGAUUCUUUCUAUUGAAAAGCCUCCGCCCAAGAUUAUUCUCAAACCUCCUCCAGAAGACAAACAACAAGGGCCGCAGACUAACCAAGGAGGCAACGCCCCUGCAUCCACUCCCUCUGCCAAUACGUCCUCCUCUCCAGCGAUUUCCUCCAACACCGGCCUCGCGGCCUGGGGUGAUAACCAGAAUGGCUCCGACGAAACAUGGCAGUCGCCUUCCUCCCUGUCGCACAUGCGUCGGUAUGACUCCCAGAGCCUGCUGUCGGAGAACUCCAUCGCGUCGUCCCGCUUCGACCUUUCAGAUGGGGCCUCGUUUCCAGAGGUCAUUAGGAACCAUCAGGGUUCUUUUGGGGAGAUCCAGCUGUCUGUACGCUAUGCCACCCUGAGGAACAAACUCAUCGUCAUGGUUAACUCCUGCAGGAACAUAUUCCGCUUCAGCGAGAAUGGCACAGACUCUUAUGUCCGCCUGUAUUUUCUCCCUGACCAAACCUGGAUACAUCGCAAGAGGACACAUGUCAAGAAGAGGACAGUUGAUCCUGUCUUCAAUCACAAGUUUGAAUUUGAUGUGUCACUUCAAGAAGCACAAACCAGAAAGUUGGAUGUGGCGGUCAAAAAUGGAAAAAUGUUCCAUUCACGGGACAGAAAGGACAUUGGCAUGGUGAUGGUUGAUCUUUCACAGUUGGAUAUCGUCAAAGGGGUCACAGAAUGGUAUGAGCUCACACUGCCUGGGCUGAAGAAAUUGAUCUAGCGGGUAGAGCCGUACAACUCCUGCAGCUCCUCAGCCACAACGAGGCCAAAAGGCCUGGUGUAUGGCGCGAGGGUGGCAUAUUCCUUUUUUUUCUUAACACCGUGGACCGGAGUUGGUUUUCCAAAUGCUUCACUACACCCAUCUCAGAUACUGGACAUUUUUUCUGCUGUAUGCUCACAAGCACAUAUUGUAAUAUUCCACUUGGAGUGGUUAAGUGCAUCGAGGACAACGUACAGAUAUAAAAAAUAAAUACAAAAAUUCUGCUCUGAAUGAUCUGGAACAGAGCUGACAUAGAACUGCAUGUAAGACUUUUAAACACUUUGUUAUCCCAGAUAAUUUGAGCAUUAGCAGGGUUCCAAUUUUCAGCCAGUUUAGUAGCUUAUUUAGGUUGACAAGCAGAAACCAAUGGUCCUGAAUAAUGAGGCUAUUUGCUAUUAAGCAUUCCCUUUCAUUGUAUGUAAAUAGAAUGUAAUUCACCAGAACAUGUUGGUAUUUAUACUCUAUCAAGAAACAAGAUCAUUUCUUUAAUUAUUAUUAGUUUUGCGAGCGUGUUGUUUUUUUCUAGUUGAUCUGAGCCAAAGUUCUUUUUAUAUUUGAGUGUAAAUACUUGUAUUGAUAGUUUUAUGUAAUAUUUUAUAGUAGGGGAAAUAAUUGAAAAAGCAAGUGUGUUUUGCUGCAGCAAUUCAGGAGUCAUUGCAUAUUGAGGAAGGGUUACAUGCUUUACAUAUACUGUACAUAUUCACAGCUGGAAGAAGCCAAAUACAACGUGUGGCAGCUUCGCAGUUCUACUGAAGAGGUCAGUUCAUUAGAAGGGAAAUGGCCUCGAAGCAAGGCACAUGAGAAACAAUGUUCUUUCAUCAAGGGUACCAUGACCAUUGUUACUGAAGGAGUAUGUCUUUUACACCUAACCCUUAGAUUUACCACCUGGUAUUUUAGUGAUCUUUAUAUUUAAAAUUACUGUUACACUCUCAAACUUGACAGCUUUCUGCAUUUAUGUAGAAUUUCUUCAAAAGACAUGCCAAUUCAUUAAGACACAUUUCACCAGAAUUAGUGACCGCUGCCAUCACAAUAUAUUUUGUAGGCCUAUAUCUAGAUUUGUCGUAUAUAUUUGUGGUAGUCAUCUAAGCUAUACAUUUUGUUGACCCCUAAUUGCACAAAAUUGAGCCACUAGUGGUGAGCUGCUUAUCUGUUUUAAAUUAUUCAGUUGCUGGAGAAUUAAUGGAAAGUGUUCAGGGUCUGUUGUUGUUGUUGUUGAAUUGACACUGUGACUAUGCCAUUGGUUUUCAGCCAGCAUUUUGAUGGUAAAUAAACAUCUUCAAGAAAA